AUGAAGUGUCUCGGCGCGUUCUGCUUUAUUCUGGUGGCGGUGGUGCUGAGUGGGGCCGCGGAGACGUAUCAGGACAAUGUGGCGACCAGAUCCGUGAAAGUGGAGGGCAUCCUGCGCUGCGGGAAAAAGCCGCUCGCUGACGCGGUGAUCAGAUUGUUCAAGUCCAAUUCUGAAGGUGGGUGGCUUUUAGAUCAUAUUUUUUCUAACCACAUCAAAUUUAGUUGAUAUCUUCCAAGUAAAAAUGUGUUUUGAUGUUAUCCAUGAGAUCAGCUAGCCUAGCAUAGAAAACCUCAUUUUUCCCCCAAAAAAUCGCUAAAAUACAGUAACCCUAACACUCAAAAUCAACUACUAUGACAUGUAAACCACAAUAACAUACAUUUCUGAGCUAAAAAUCCUUAAAUAUUAUCCAUGUCAUCAAAUGGAAAAUUUUAGAAAACCUCAUUUUUCUCAUAAAAAAUCGUUAAAAUACAGUAACCCCAAUAUGCCAUGAUACUCACCAUGGCCUGUAGACUACAGUCAAUUAAAUUUCCCGCCUAUAUAUUACUAUUCAGUAUCUAAAAUUAACAUUUUUUGAACUUUUUGGACUCACUCUUUUCCCCGCUCAAAAACUGAUAGUUCUCGGCGAUUACAGUAACCCUCUCAGUUCUAAGAAUGACGAAACAAACAGACACCUUGUUUUUUCAGACCUUGGAGAAGUGAUUGCCGUAGGCAAAUCGACAGCCGAUGGGAAAUUCAGCAUCGAAGGAGACACCUCCCGUUUUAAGGCCGAAGACUCCGAAAUCGACCCAUAUCUGAGAUUCUACCAUCAAUGCGAACAGAAGGUAAGCUCUAUUAGAUUCUAUAAUCCCUGUUCUUUAAAAUAAAUGUGGCUACAAGCAAUUCCAACAACUUUCAGAGCGGCUACAAGCGAGUUCAGCUGCAAUUCCCCAAGGAGUUCAUUUCGUUGGGAAAACUGCCCCGAAGAACCUACAAUGUUGGCCUUCUCAACCUUGAAUUAGGCUUCCCCGGAGAGACUACCGUCAAACAAGUGGAAGGACUGUAA